AUGAAGACAAUAGGAAUAUCGGCAAGUUGUGCAUCUAUAGCGCGGAUUUGUAGUCGAGAGGAUCGAGCUCAUUUGAUGAGUGAAGCUCGCCUACUGCGAUCACUUCGCCAUGAGAAUGUCGGCGAAAUUUACGGAGUCGCAUUGCAUUACAGCCCCAUUAUUCUUGUUCUAGAGUACUUUUCCAUGUCACUAUUCACCUACCUGCAACGGAACCCUGGACGAGUUUCUGCUAGGGAUAGGCGGCGGUUUGUAUGUGAAGCCGCAGCCGGUCUAUCCUAUCUGGCUCAAUCGAACUGUAUCCAUCGAGAUAUUGCGGCCCGGAAUUGCAAGCUAAACAAUUCUUUGCAGGUAAAAAUUUCGGGCUUCACUCUAUGUGCGCACCUUGGCGAGAAACGUGACUCCCCAACCAUGCAAAUAGCCGUAAAAUGGCAAGCGCCAGAGGUGCUGAACGACCGCAAGUACACUCUCAAGUCCGAUGUGUGGUCAUUUGGCAUUCUGAUGUGGGAAGUGUACACAGAUGCAGCCGAGCCUUAUCCCGGAAUGUCACCAAGUGUUGUCAAGCAAGUCGACUGCCCUCAACUGUUGGCUAAAAUUAUGGCUUCGUGUUGGGACUCGUAUCCGCCCAAACGGCCAUGUAUGCAGGCUAUACAUCUCGUCAUACGUGACCGUUAA